AUGAUGGAGAGUGCCCUCACUAUAAAUUUGGAGGUAUUGUCUGAUGAAGACUGCUGGUUGAUUUUCAGUAAAAUAGCAUUUUCUAAUGAGGAGGAACUUAAGUAUCUAGAAGAUCUUGGUAGAAAACUAGCAAUUAAGUGUAAUGGCUUACCGCUCGUUGCAAAGACUCUAGGUAGCCUCAUGCAUAACAAAAGAAAUAGAGAACAAUGGAAUAAGAUUUUAGAUAGUCAUAUGUGGGAAUUAGAAGAUAUUGAAAAAGGCCUUUUGGCACCAUUGUUAUUAAGUUAUUAUGAACUACCCUCAACAAUGAGACGUUGUUUCUCAUAUUGUGCUAUCUUUUCAAAAGAUUAUCUCUUUUCUAGAGAUAAAUUGGUCCUCCAUUGGAUGGCACAAGGAUAUGUUGAGUCAAAGGCAAAUAUGGAGAUGGAAGUCAUAGCGGAAGAAUACUUUGAAAAGUUAGCCAUGUGUUCUUUCAUCCAAGAUUUCGAGAGACAUGAAAAUAGUGAUGGCAAGAUAAUAAGUUGCAAAAUGCAUGAUAUAGUGCAUGACUUUGCCCAAUUAAUGGCAAAAAAUGAUUCCUUUGAAAUUGACGGUGGUAAGAAGUUGGAGAGAGAUUGGCAAAGUGCUCAUCAUUUACAUUUAAAAAUUUCAAAAGAAAUGCAAUGCCUCGAAUUCAUCUAUCAUGCAAUAAAUCUAUGCACUCUCUUUCUUCUUUCGCAUGAAAGGGAUUAUGAGUUUGAGAUGCUCCUAUCGAACUCAUUCCAUCAUUUUAGAUGUUUACGAACAUUAAUUUUGGAUUGUCCAAUUGAGAAACUUCCAGAUACAGUGGAAAAUUUGAUACAUUUAAGGUGUCUUCAUAUGUCUGAGAAUGUUUAUAUAAAAGAAUUGCCUGAAACCCUGUGUAAUCUCUAUAAUUUACAAACUUUGUAUAUCGAGAACAGUUAUGGUUUAAAGAAAUUACCACAGGGGAUGAGUAAACUAAUUAACUUAAGACAUCUUAUAUUUGAUGAAAAUAGUCAUUUGGUAUUUCCAAAAGGGGUUGGGAAAUUAAUUGAUCUUGGAACAUUGUGGGUAUUCAACAUAGGUGAUAAGGAUGAUAGAGAAGGAUGUAAAUUUGGAGAAUUAAAAAAUUUGAAUCAGCUUCGAGGGACUCUUAGAAUAAAUGGGUUGGAAAAUGUGGUAGAUGUAGGUGAGGUUCAGAACGCACAAUUGAAGAAGAAAAUACAUCUCCGUGGUUUAGUGCUAUGGUUUAGCCCUCUAGAUUCACUCGAAGAUGAAGAGGAUAUAAGAAGAAUGGAGAAUGACAUAUUAGUAUUGAAUGCCUUAGAGCCACCUCCACACUUGCAAGAUUUAGAAAUUGGAGGCUACAUGGGCAACAUAAUUUAUCCUAAUUGGAUGAUGUCAUGUACCACACUGAAAAGGCUUCAACUUCUAAGGUGCGUAAAGUUAGAGCAUUUGCCUUCUUUGGGGCAGUUGCCAUUCCUUGAAGUAUUAAAGAUAUCGUGGCUUCUUAAUGUGAAGAAGGUGGGAGAUGAAUUUCUGGGAAUAGAAGAUUCCAAAAACAAGAAAGACUACUGGGAAGAAUGGAUUGGGAUGGGAGAAACGGGAGAAGAAGAAGAAGAAAAGGAUAAUGGUAUUGUUACAAAUCCGAUAUUAAUAAAAAUAAUGCCACGUCUUCAGUCCUUGAAAAUUUUUAGAUGUUAUGGGCUAAAGUCUCUGCCAAACUACUUGAAGAAUUCUGGGAUUGAGCUCAAAGAACGUUACCAAAAAGGGUCCAGAGAGUAUUGGCACUUCCCAAACAUCAUAUUGAUUGGAAGUAAUGGCACGUCUUCACAUUGA